AUGCCAACCUCCAGUCUCCCCAUCACCUGCGCCCUAGUCACCGGCGGCGGCGGAAUCGGCAAAGCAUGCUCAGCAUACCUCAUCGCCAAAGGCAUCAAGGUGAUAAUCGCCGGCCGGACAGAGCUAAAUCUGCAAUCGGCAGCGCGCAAGAUCAGAGCAGCAGCCUACUACAUGCUGGACACGGGGAAAACAGCGAGUAUCCCCGAGUUCAUAGCACGGCUGACAACAGAGCAUCCGCAGCUAGAUUGCCUCGUGAGUCGUGAACAACGCAGGCGUGCAGCGGCCGCUAGAGGUCUUCAAGACACCCGCGGACGACAAGCCCUCGGCGGCGAUCAUCAACGGGUCUUCCGUGCUUGGCUUCAUCCCGUUUUCGGUUAUCAAUCCGGUUUACAAAGGGACGAAGGCAUGGUUGCAUUUUUGGACGGUGACGCUGCGGACGCAGAUUGA